UUUUCGGCGUUGUACGCAGAGGUCGUUCCUGCAGUCAGUCGAACCCAUUCGACAGCAGUGGCUGGUUAGGCUAGUCGUAUAUGACGGACGUUUAUUCAGAAAAAGAGAUUCGAUUCUUUUUUAUCAACCACAUAUUACAACCUCGUGAACAUUGUUUAGUAUCCUGCUAUCGAAUCUAGUUUGGGUUGACACUUGAGGGUUGUGUGCACGUUUCGAUAAAGUCCUCAAACUUUCCAGAACAACGCUGAUUAUUCAACUUUGUAUCUCCUGCGUUACGUUAAAAUGUCAACAAUGAAUCCCCAGGAGGAUGUAGGAGAUGGUGUUACCCAAGCACCUCCAGUUCUCAAGUCACCAGGUGCUGAUAAUGCUGCGGGUAUGGCCUUGGAUUUUGACCCAUUGAGUUUUGAAUUUAAAGAAACCACAUCAAAUUCAACAGUCACUAAAGUUGAAUAUAGCCAGACUGUAGAAACUUCGUCGAAUUUAGUGAACCUUGACAUGUUUGAUCCUCUUGCUCCAGUAUCUCAAGAACCUGGUGAUAAUUUCUUACCAGAAGAGGAGCUAAGAAAAGAAAAAACAUAUUCUGCUGAGGAAGGACUAAAUUUUCAGCAGGGCUUUGAUGCAGAUUUAGAAAAUUCUAUCCCUCCUGAUUCAUUGGAUAAUUUUGAAAGUUGCCAGGAAUCUGAAAAUGUACCACCACAAAUAAUGUCCUCAGCCACAAAACAGAUAACUGUAUUUACUGAUGCAGAUGGCUCAGUGACUACCAGAGUUACCACUACCAGUUCCACCUCAGAAAUUGAGGAAGAUAAGCAAUAUGUGGAGAAUAAACAAGAAACAAAUGAUACUUUACAGGCUGAUCCAAGACCCCUGGAGGCUUACAGUGAUAGGGACACAAAUCUAGCACAUAAAGCACAUUCAAGUUCUUCAAUCUCAUCAGAAAGUAGCGUAGAGAUUGGAGAAACAGAUACAGAGGUCCAGUAUAGUGGAGAUAUGGUAGGAGAAAGAGUGGAAAUGGAAGAUUUGCAAGUACUGGGUGUUGAAGGAGAGAGUACAGGACAAAAAGAGGACUUUAAAGAAGCUGACCAAGUGACACAGGAAGAAAAUAUCAUAUCUGUGGCCAAGCUUAAAACCACCUAUACCUCUGGUGCAGAGGAAGGUGCUAUUCAGCCAGGAACCAAAGAAAAGGUGGAGACUGGUGUGAACCUGAAAAGUCUGAAAUCUACUUAUGUUCAGCAUGUUCAAGAAGGCAAAGUCUCUCCAACUCGAGAUGCAAUAACCACAGGCGUCAAUGUCAAGUCUCUUUCCACAAGUUUCAGCAGUCAGCAAGGAGAUGACACUUCUAGAGAUAGUGAGGUUAUUGACACUGGAAUAUCUGUAAGUCAGUUGAAAUCCAACUUGACUGAUCAGCAAGAAGACAGUGUAGAAAAAGAACCACUGGAAGAAGUUAAGCCCUCUGUUGACCGAGCUAAAGUCACCCAAACGUUCAAUCAGAGCCAGCAAGAGGAACAGGAAGUGUUGUGUAAAGUUUGUGGGAAGCAUGUUUACCUGAUGGACAAAAUUAUGGCUGUGAAAAGUGCUUUUCAUAAGUCCUGCUUUCGUUGCAAGGAGUGUGGAAAAUCACUUAAUGUGGACACCUACUCAUCUCAUGGAGGAGAAAUAUACUGCAAACCACAUCAUAAACAGCUUUUCCAGCCCAAAGUCAAUAUUGAAGACACAUCAGGAGAUGUUGGAGAGACUGAAGAGAGAACUGUUGAAGAUCUUGACAACAUAAGAUCCCGAUUUGAGUCACCCCAGCAGGAAGAAUUUCGACCCAUUUCCAUGGACCAUACAGCUUCUGUGAAAAGAACAGAAAGUAUCCAAGCCAGGAUGGCAAAGUAUCAGUCAGCUGUAGGCAAAAGUUGUCAUGAUGGUGAUAAGUCCACAUCAUCAGAAGAUGAAGAUGAUACUGCUGCCAGGGUGAAGAAUGUGGAGAUUAAAGAAACUAUUGGAGCAGGAAGGUCAGAAAUAAUGCGAGCAGCCUACGAACGAGCUUGUAAAGAAGCCAGCAGUGGAUCACCAACACGUGGCGAGACAGUCACUUUGGGUGGAGAGGUGAAGGCUGUUAAUAUUAAAGAAAAGUUUGAGAAAGGUGCUUUAGAUCUGGAGAAAAAUGAGAAGAUGGAAAGAGCUCGCCGGGAGAAAGAAGAAGACUUGAGCAUUGUCAAUGAAACUAGGGACAGUGUAGCUGAAGCACGUACUCUUUUCAAGCAGUUUGAUACAGUCAACACAACAACCACUUUUCCUCUUCCUGGCAGGCCCUCUCUUGGAGAGACGAAGCGUUCUCGAGAAUUAACGAUCGGAGGUAACACUACUUAUACAAUAGGAGAAGUAGUUAAGUGCAGUGAGCCAGGUGCCAAAGAACAAGUGGAGCUGGAGCCAGCAGAACUUCAAGAGAGAUUUAAGUAUUUUGAAAACUACAAGGAAUCAAAACCCCAGGCAAAGUAUGUGCCUGAUGAUGAUGAAGUUCCUAGGGAUCCAAAGGUGAUACGUGCUUCGGAUGUCCAAGAAGAAGUGAUGGUAACAGAUACAGCGAAACGGAUGUUGGAUAAGUUUAAACAGCUCGAGAACCAGGGUGCUGGAUUGUCUGCUCAAAGUGUUGCAAAGCCUGUUAGGAAAAUUACUCCUCCACGGGAAACCCUCCAGAUGGUAGAAAAACAUGAACCCUCACCAGAGCCAGAUCAUGAUCCAGAUGUUAUUCGUUGCACAUACAAGGUAGAAGAUGACAUGACAUGGAAAGCUGACCAGGCCAAGAGUCUGAAAGCAAAAUUUGAACACUGGGAUACUGAAGUUGAAAGAGAGUCUAAAGUAACAGAUGAUGAAGGUUUACCAGAGUCAGAUACAACUAAAAACUUGCGAGCUAAGUUUGAAGCUAUUCGUGCAGAGAGUACCAAGAUAGUUGACAAGCCUCAGCCCAGAGGAAAAAAGUUUGCAGAGCUUGGGCUAAGAUCUGGUGAAGAUUGUGAUCUUUGUGGAAAAAAACUUUAUCCUAUGGAAAGAAUGGAAGCAAGUAGUUUUAAAUUCCACAAAAACUGUUUUCGCUGUUCUCACUGUAACAGCAUGCUCAGACUAGAUAAUUAUACAAUCAACAGUCGCAAAUUCUACUGUACACCGCAUUUCAAGCAAUUUUUCAAGUCCAAAGGAAGCUAUGAAGAUGGAUUUAUCGAUAAUAACAAGAAGGAGACUAAUGAGAAUGGGGAUGCUUCUGACUACACAGAUGGUGACACUCCUGACAUGCAGCAAGUAACUGUGAAUCAGGAAGUCGCAGUCUGAAAUCAUUUGAUAAUGUAGAACCCUUCAGGUUAUAGCCACUGUUUCCUCAGAAAGCUAACUAAGAUUACAGCUUUAGCUUUUGUACAUUGUUAUCAGCUUACCAAAACGAAAAACUGAUGAUGUAUUUUAAACGUUUAUUUUGAAAUGCUUUAAUAUUAUUUAAUACAUCAUGGUACUUAAUACUCUUUUUUUUUUUCUUUUACAUUUUUUUGAAAUUUGUUUUACUCUCAUCUUAAGUGCACAAGUUGUAUGGUAUAUACUUUUAAUUCCCUUGUGUGAGUUUUUCAUACAAAAAUAAAGUAAAUGAACAGAAACCUGUGGGACACAUGGAAUGUUUAAAAACAUUGACAAUAAGCAAUUAUUAUUAUUAUUUGGAGAAUGAUUUUAGAGAAAUCUAAAAAAUAAUACUGCCGAUGAUUUUGAAUUAAAUCUUAUAAUAUUGUUUUCUUACUGUGUUCUGCGAGGCAUACAUAAAAGACUGGCAUCAUCCUGUAAGUGGUUUGCUAUCCUGAAUUAACCUUAUUAAGUAUGUGAUAUACGUAUAUAAGAGUGUAACAAUUUAUUAAGAGAGAACAGUGUUCCAAAUAUAUAAGAUUAAAAAGGUUUUCUGAAGUAGAGUUAACUGCAAAGUGGAAUUCUUUUUGUGUAAUUUAAAUUGAACAUCAGGAAGAACAAUAUUGAAUAUAAGUUGCAGAUUUUUUUAAUUUUUAAAAUAAUAUCAGUAUUUUGUGAAUGAAUUUAACCCUGGUAUUAUUAACCACUCGUUUUAAACCAUUCAAGGAGUAUUUUAAAUUAAUGCAUGUUUAGUAUGCGAGGUAUUUGUAAUCCACCUUUUCCAGUGUGAAAUAACAGCAAAGAAUUCCAGAUAGAAAGGGAACAGUUUUAAUAUCUAUAUUUUCACAGUACAUGACCUAUAUAAGUUAGUAUUUUAUUUUUAUGUAAGUUUUGAUUUGCAUAACUUAAUGUAGGUCAAUGUAUAUAUUUAUGUAUAUCUUUAUCAUUAGUAAUUUUUGGCUGAAAUAAGGUAUCAAGUUAAAUUCUUUUGAAAUACUAUUUGCAUUUUGUGUGUUUAUUAUGGUAAAUGUGCCAAUUUUGUGAUAAUUAUUUCCAGUCAGUUUCCACAGCAUUCCUAUUGAUUUUUAUAGCAGAAACUGAAAAAAAUAGUUUAAUUUCAUUUAAUUACGUUUUUUUUUUAGUUAAAUUUGUAAGGAAGGAAUCGGUUAAAAUCUGGUCUGUACCCCUGUCUUCAUAUCCCGGUUUUGUUACUUUUAGAAGUAUUAUUAAAUAACCUGGAUGCAAAACAUUUGGAUUUUAUUUGGGGGGGAUGGUGCACUUAUUUUGAGGCACUGUGUUCAAUAUAACAUUUAAAAUACAUUUCCUGAAAAAACUUGUACUUGGACCUAAAAAGCCAAAAAUUAUAUUUUUGGAUCUAAAUUGAUUUAGUUUUUAAAAUGUGAAAUAUGUUAAUUCAAUUAAGCUUACUAGUAAUCAGUGUAUUCGGAAUUGAACCUAUAGGUUUUGAAUUAUUACAAAACGCUUUGAAUAAUGUAUUUUAUUGUUUGAAAGUUUUAAUUACAAGACUUCUUGAUUUUGCUAAAUCUGUUUGUACAAAGUUUAAAUAGAAGGUCAAAGUUUACCAUGGUGCUUACUUUUUAAAAUAAUUGUUCACUUUCUUGUCAGUUACUGAAACUAGGUAAACAAUGAUUUUUUAUCUUGGUAUUAUAGGUGGGAUAUGGUAAUUAAAUAAAUUUAAAUUAAAUCCUCUCUGGAAUUGGUUUUGAGAAAAUACAAUUUCAAUGGCAUACUUUGAUUGGUAUCUGUCAGUUAUUUUAAAACACAUUAAGUGCAAAAACUUAUUUUGCCAUUGAAAUUUAUAAAGUGAAUCCCUUUGCAUUUAUGAAAAUAUAUGUCAAUGUAUGAUAAAGUAAGAAUAAAGGCUUCCUUUUUUUUA